UCUCGCGCGCGCCGACAGAUGCACUCAGCGUGUCGUUGUACGGUCCCGUUUUCGCUCGUAAGACAGCCCGCGGUAGGCCGAUGAGGUGAUGCGAAGUCCUGUGGCAGGUCCAGAUUUCGGAUCACCCAGGUGAGAGAGCCUCGUGUUGCGUGUCGCGGCGAGAUCUGGCGAGAUCUCGGUCGCGAGGUGAGCGAGAGCGAUUUUCCGGGGUGAAGGGAGCAGGUGAACCUCUCACGCGGCGGGGAAGGAGGGGGACAGGUCCAGCGAGGGAUCACGUGACCCAUGUGUUUACCAAAAUGGUGAACGUCCGUAGUGCGAUACGAACGGCACCGCGUUCCGUCCGCACGGGAGCGGCCGCGCGGCGCUCGGAUGCGUAAAUAGCCGCGAUCAGCUGUGCUACGUGCGCCGAGCGGAGAGAGAGAGACAGAGAAAAAGAGAGGGAGCGCACACGCAGUACUUUGGCGUUCCGAUCGUACGGCGUCGUCGCCGUCGUCUCAACACGGCGUCGCGCGUCGCGUCCCGGACGAGUCGAUCCGUGCGCGUCGAUCCUCGCCGUCGGCCGCCGAGGCUCGUUUUCCCUCGUUUUCUUUUCGGCAGGCGUUCUCCUCGCCGUCGCGCGACGCACACGCUCACGCGGGCGAAAGUUCGAAAGUGGACGCGAGCGAUCGCGGGAGAUGCCAGGAGCCGACGCGGAGGCGGUCACGGUACGACGGUCGCCUCCUAGUCGCGCGAUGGUAUUACGCUAAAUCGAGCUACAUCUCGCGAUGCCGCCGACGUACGUUCGUCUCGUUGUGCCGAGCUCGUCCUCGAUCCGCGCGCCAUCCGCACCGUAAGCUCACCCUAGCAUCUUUCGUUUCCUUACAUCGCGCCGCCAAGGGGGUGACCCGAGGCUUCCACAGGCCUAAUUCCAUUAAUCGCCAAUAAUGCUGAACUCGUGGCACAUCAGCAGCAGAUGAUCUCCGAUAUAGGUUAGUGCGAGUGAGAAGCACUUCAACAACGGACAUCUAAAUGUCAGGAGGUAUCCUCGCAUAACGCUGAGUGCUGCGGCCAGGCAUUGUUAAUCAUGGCCACGUAUCAAGUCGACUACCAGUGGGCUUAUUCCAUAAUGGAUUCAUCCAGGAUAUCCACUUUCCUAAUAUCAAUUCUACUGAUAGUUUACGGUAGUUUCCGAUCUCUAAACAUGGAGCAGGAGGCGAGGGAAAGAGAAAAGGAGAAGGAACGUAGUAAUUUAUUAACUGGGAUUACGAGUAACAGCAGCGCCGGUAACCCGGACGGCGUCAGCGGAGGAAGAGUCCAAACUCUCGAUACGAUGCAUGCUCUCUGUCUACCUCUCGGUGCUUCCAUUUCUCUACUCGUCAUGUUUUUCUUUUUCGACAGUAUGCAGAUGCUUCUUGCAAUUUGUACAGCCAUUAUAGCUACAGUUGCAUUGGCGUUUCUUUUAUUACCCAUGUGUCAGUAUAUUAUUAGACCAUGUUCUGACGGUAACAAAAUAUCCUUCGGCGUCUGCGGGAGAUUUACGGGUGCGGAAUUACUCUCGUUUUCGCUCAGUGUGAGUAUAGUAUGCAUCUGGGUCUUGACCGGGCACUGGCUGCUGAUGGACGCGAUGGGCAUGGGCCUGUGCGUGGCAUUUAUCGCAUUUGUUCGACUACCUAGUCUCAAGGUAUCCACGUUGUUGUUAACUGGACUGCUGAUUUAUGAUGUCUUCUGGGUUUUCUUUUCAUCCUAUAUAUUCAGCACAAACGUAAUGGUUAAGGUAGCAACUAGGCCUGCAGAUAAUCCAGUAAGUCUCGUGGCUAGAAGAUUACACUUAGGCGGUGUGGCAAGAGCCGCGCCAAAACUACCUUUACCUGGAAAACUUGUUUUCCCCUCGAUGCAUCAAGCGGGACAUUUUUCGAUGUUGGGCCUCGGCGACGUUGUCAUGCCAGGUCUUCUGCUCUGUUUUGUUCUGCGAUACGACGCAUAUAAAAAGACUCAGUUAUUGCCCGGUGGCUGUGAAACUGGAGUACCACCACCGCGCCACUUCAGCCGAAUUAGCUAUUUUCAUUGCUCCUUGAUCGGUUAUUUUCUUGGUCUACUUACCGCCACUGUAAGCUCUGAGGUGUUCAAAGCUGCGCAGCCUGCCUUAUUGUACCUUGUGCCCUUCACUUUAUUGCCGUUGCUCACGAUGGCAUAUUUGAAGGGAGACUUGCGUCGAAUGUGGAGUGAACCAUUCAUAUCUCAACAACCUUCGAAACAUAUGGACGUUUGACAAGAGUCAUGGAUCUCUGUAUAUUGUGUUGCAUUGGAGGCAAAAUUCUUGCAUUGAGAUUCACCAUCAUAUAACUUCACACUCUUAUUUUCAUCAAUGUCAUUUAAUGUAAGUAAUUUUUUCUACACAUACUCACAUGUGCGCAAUUCAUUUGCAUUCUUUUUAAAGUCAAUAUGACAUACAGAGAGUAAAUCAGAUCUAAAUCAGAUCAAUAUGAUUAUUUGCGACGCAAAAAUACAUGUAAAAAUACAUUAUACCACAUAAAUAAUUUAAAUGUAAUAUAAUGUCACGAAUGUAAUGUUAACGGUGCGCAAAGGAAGACUUUUUACUGAAACAAUAGAGGGCAAAAAGGUCUCUGAGAAUAUUUCUGGAAUGCCAAAUGACACGUAUAUUAUUGGCAUUCUUUCUGUGUCUUAACUUGAUGUUGAGUAUAUGGAUAGAUAUUGUGCACAGUAGAUAAUGCAAUCAAUAAUUAUCGUCAUUUCGAGCUACUAAGUAAUAGCUAAAGACUAUGUAUCACGUGGUUAAUUUAAUGAACAAAGAAAGAUCUUUUACUUCUACUAAAGAGUAAAAAUAAAAGGGAGAGAAGUAGAGGUAAAUAGAAAGAAAUAACAUAUUCUCGAAAUAUUUACUUUCAAUCGAACAAAUCAUAGAGAAUUAAAUAUUAUUUCCAUAAAAUUCAGUUACAAAUGACUGGGAAGAAUACUAUUUUAGUUUAUUGUAAUCAAUCAGAAUCGAAUUACUUGCAAAUGUGUAGCUAUGAAUAGGAUAAUUUAUAAACUGUUUGAAUAUUUAGGUAAGAAUCCAAACACAUGUACGUGUAGGUUGUGACUUUGUUUUAAAGUUGAUUUAAUGCUGAACAAGGUAGUAAUAUUAAAAAUAAUUAUAUUGUAUAUAUUUAUUAUCAUUUUUUCGUAAACUUUUAAGGGGGCACAAAGUUUUGCGAUAUUUGAUAAUCAAUGACACGCUUUUCGAUACCAUUUUUUGUUUUGCUUGUUUGUUAAUAAGUCAUAUCUUUUUCGGAAGUAAAAUUUAUUAUCAUUUUCAAUGUAUAAGUAGAAGAUAAACUGCGUUGUUAAAGAUAAUUACAGGAAGUGUUUGUUUAAACAAGAAGGCUUUCUACAGGAGCUCUUGCUAUGGAUAGGAUCUACUAUCAGAAAGACUUUAUAUGUUUAUUUAAGGACAAGACUGAAAAUAAUAUGUACGAAAGCCAAUUUAUUAAGUAAUUCUUCUGACCGAGAAACGAGUUUUUCCAUUCUACCAUUCUCUUAGAUCAAUCUAUAAUAUCGUAGAGAUUAAUAAGAAAUAGCAUAAUAUUCUAAUAUAAUAAUAUUAUACUACGUAUCUAAGAGAGGUGGAAUUAACUACUCUUUCAUAUAUUGUUUCUUACAAUACAUUAUGUAAAACUCAUAAUCACAGAUCAAUUACAUAUUUAACGAUUGCUUGACUCAUUCUUUUAUAUCAUCAUACUCAACGAAUUGUUAAAUUAUACAUCAGAAUGAUUGUUCAUAGUUCACUUUGGAGAUAAAUAUUAUCCUCACAAAGUUUUUAAAAUAGUACUUUUUCAAUCGGAUAGAAAAAUACAAUAGAGAUGAUUUAUUCAAUAUUUUGAACUAAUUUAAUCUGUAUGUUAAUAUAGGAACACAUACAUUUGUAUAUUAAUACAGAAAAACAAAAUCUCAAUUUUAUUUUACGAAGAAAAGACAUUUCUAGUAUCUUGUUAAUUUUGUAAUAGUUGUAUCUUUAACAUUAUUUUAUUCUUCAUUUAUCUACCUGUCCAUAGCACAAGCAAUUUAUUCUCCAUCAUAUGUAUUAACUGAAUGAUUUUUUUUAUAUUUUAUAAUAAUCACAUAAAAUAAAAAAUAAAAUAUAUUUUAAUUACUUCCAUUAUCUUAUCAGAAAAUUACGAAGAUAAUUUUUAAAAUGAUUUUAACCAAUUUUUAAUCAAUUUAGCAUAAUAUAUUAAAGAGUAAUUUUCGACAGUUGCUAAUGCUCAAAUCAUCAAUUUAUCACUAUACAGUAUUUUUUUUUAUUUCUAUUUUAGUUACGUACACUGCAACAUGACAUUUAUAUUUCAGUAUAAUGUAUAUUUUGAUUUGUUUUCUCUUCCAAUGUACAUACGAAUAAUCAAGAGGCAAGCUUCACAAUAAAAUCCGCCUCCCGCAAAGAGAUUUUGCUUAUUAAGCAAAUAAUCGAAUGCAAUGAAUUUUGAAUAUGACAUAGCAUAUAUCUUUAAGAAAACGUUCAAGUUUUUGGACAUAGAUUAGUGCAAUAUAAUUUAUAAUUUAUAUCGCGACAAAUAUCAUAUAAUACUUUUGUUGUACUAAAGUAAUUAUAUUUCUCCGUUUUUGCUUACAACGAGUCCUUCGAUCGAUGAGUGUUUUUGUACAAAAGAAGUUAAGGUAUAUUAUAGAAACCGUUUAUAGUAAGAUUGCAACUUAGUUUAUGGUAAAAACGAGAGAUACAUUCAUUAUACAGUACCUUAAUUUUUUUCCUAAAAAACUAUGUUUUUUGCUGAAUAUCGUGAACUGACGAUUUAUUUGUUGACAAAAAUUUUUUUUAUAAAUUUAUUUGUUAAUAAAAAUUAUGUAAAUUAGAAAAUGUACAUAAAAUAAGUACUCAACUAUUCUUCAGUUUUUCCACAAACUAAGUGACGCGAUAAAAAAGAUACUAUAUAUAUAUAUAUAUAUAUAUAUGUACACUAUAUAUAUAUAUAUAUACACUAUAUAUACUAUAUAUAUAUAUAUAUAUAUGUGUACACUAUAUAUAUAUAUACACUAUAUAUACUAUAUAUAUAUAUAUAUAUAUAUAUAUAUAUAUAUAUAUAUAUAUAUAUAUAUUAGUGAUAUGACGUAUGAUAGUGACAGAAUGAUCAAGGAACAGGUUUAAAUAAAAAUCAAGAGUUAAACCGUAUACACACAGAUAUUAUUAAAUGCUGGAUAUUAUAUAGGUAAUAUACUAAAGAGCACUUGCUUGUACUGUUGCAAUUCUCGACUUGCAUGUGUACAGCUAUGUACAUUUUUAUAUAUAAUAAAACCUGACCAUUUUCAUAUGGUCGCGUUUGAAAAGUAAAGUUAUUGAUAACAAA